UAUAUAUAUAUAUAAGUUACUGAUGUUAAAAUGCAAUUCUUUUUAAAAUAACACAAUGUUUCUAUUGUCAGGCUAAGCUCUAAAGUGUAACUAUUGUAAAAAUGAGUUCCAAAUGAAAUUAUUUUCUAAAUAAUAAGCUAAAUUAAAUCUUCCAUAAUUUCCUCUGUCGUUUAAUUGGAAUAUCUUGUCGUUGACAAGUGAAAUAAUUGGCCCACUAGGUGGCAGUAAUGCAUCUUAAAAUAAUCCACCACUCCAAAUCCAAGCACGGAUGUGAGGUAAGAUAAAACAGCUCACAGGACGACUCACACUGGUACGUUUUAAAUCCAUACCUUUCUCCUAAUUUAAUGUAACAAUUUCAUAUUUGCAAAAUAUGCUCAAAUAUCUUAUUCGUGUUGAGAGGACCUUGUUGUAUGUGGAGCUUUUUUGUGUUAGUUUCCAGCUUUUGGUUUUUCUUAAAGUAGGUUUUAGUUACUUUUGAGUUUAUUGUUUCAUAAAUAUAAUAAAUUACAGCUUUCUAUAUUUUGUGUGGGAGUUUGAGCUGUGCCCAAUGUAAAGCUUGUGCAGAGGCGGGGUGGCAGGCUGGCAAUACCUUUUGUGACAUAGUCAUAAUUAUUUUCAAUUGUACUGCAGUGUGAUUAUUUUUGCUUAACCUAACAGCAAAUCACACGUCCAAUCCCUUGUAUGCAUCUGGUUGUUACCACGAUUCAAAACAUGUGGGAUUACGUCUAGUAAGCUCUAAAAUAGCCCUAGCUCAGCUUGAAUGGUCGUUGUCAAUGCCCGUGACCCCGUGAACCAUAUUAAUUUCCUUUUAUGUGCGUAAUUCACGUAUGCACUCACGAACCACACCUGUGGCUUUCUGCCCAGCUGGGAGAGAAACUGUUAAUGCGCUUUAAUUAGAGUGACUUAUUAGAAGACAUUAUGUGAUUACGUCGUGGGUACAUACUGUCACAGCACUUAGAGAAAUAUGUUUUGUGAAUACAACCACGGCAGGUGUGGUUCCAUCUAUUGCAUUAGUGUCGGUGAAGUUUUGCUUCUCAGACAUCCUGAGACUUUUGUACUGAAAACGGUCACAAGAACAAAGAGAAGAAUUGUUAAAAUGCAAUUUAGCGUCAACCUGUUUGCUGUGCUCAUCUUUGGGCACAUUCAACAUACGACGCAACUUCGCGGGGAAAUAGGUAUUGUAGUCUCCUCUCCCUGGGAAGUAGAUGGUCAAUGCUGGACAGACUGGUUCAAUGAUGAUGACCCUUCGAUUGAUGGAGAUUCUGAGACUCUUACUGACCUGCUCACUGCUCACCCUGACCAGAUCUGCUUGGAGCCAAUUGAAAUCCAGGUCAGGACAGAAUCUGGAGAAAAUAUGGAAUCCACUGGAGAUGUGAUUUUUGUAGCUAACACAUCUCUGGGAUUCAUUUGUAAUAACGCAGACCAAGCAGAUGGCAUGUGUGAAGACUAUCAAGUUCGUUUUCAGUGCCCUGUGGAAUUCUGUGAUCAAGCUCCAAAAUGCUGGACAGAGUGGUUCAGUGGAGAUGAACCCACAAGCGGCAAUGGCGACUUUGAGACGCUUAGUUUCUUGCAAAGUCUGUACCCAGGAUUGAUCUGCAACAGCCCACUGAAAAUUCAAGUCAAAACUGUACUUGGGGCUACUGUAGAGUCAACACGAGAUUUGAUUGCUGUAGUUGAUGCAACCACCGGAUUCAUCUGUUACAACACAGAUCAACCACACGACAUGUGCCAAAACUAUCAAGUUCGUUUCCAGUGCCCUUCAUCCUUCUGCACUGGAGAAUAAGAUGUUCAUCUUAACUGAACACAUCAAACAUCUCUGGUUCUUGUUAUGAGUCAUUGUUUGUUGUCAGAGCUAGAAAAAUGUAGACAUUUCAUAAAAUGCAAGAAGUGCAAAGCAUGGAUCGUUGAUUUAAUUCACCAGUUCUCCAAAUUCUGGUCAUUUCCCACUUAUUCAAAGUGGGAUUUUCAAGCCCCACCUGCCUUAGUCAUCCCAACAAAUAUCUUGACAAAUUACAUUUUAAAUGUAUUGAUCAAACACCAAGUAAUAUCAUAUUUUACAAUGAAUCAAAAUCAAUAACAUCAUAUAAGAAAAAGUUAAAAUGGAGAGAUUAUUUACAGAUUUUGUG